GGGAGAGAGAGAGAGAGAGAGAGAGCAGGUUUUACUGGAGUCAACUUCGACCAGCCGCUCUUCUUCUUGUGUCAUUUAAAGAUGCGAAGUGGACAAUCACUUUGGAUACAAACGCUGCUACUAACGUCUUUACAACUAUGGGAAACACUUUGGGCUUCCACGUCUCCUCUCAAUCUGCCGGCACCUAAACUCCUGAUCCGUUCGUGGUCCAGGGACUCGGUGGUCCUGGUAUGCCGGGCCUCAGGAGGCCACCGCGGGGUUCUCUUCAGACUGUUCAGAUACAGACAGGAGGUGGACUCAAUGGAGUUGCCCCCCACUGAGGAGGUCCUCUUCACCGUCCAACGCACAGAGGCAACACAACCUGAACUAUUCUGCUGUAUGUAUAAGAACCAGCAAGGCCUCUACAGUGCUGUCAGUCCCUAUUUGCCCGUACAACAUCCAACAGAUGUUGCCCCCACUCUGGCUUUACCCACCCUGCCACCUCCAAUCUUAUCAGUGGAGCCCCCCAGCGGGAUGGUCGAACGUGGCGACACGUUGUACUUCCGCUGUUCUGUGCCGGCUCUUCGGUCCGCCUACAAACCGAGCGCCUUCAGUUUGCUGAGGGCAGCCUCGGGGGGGGAGUCCGUGAUCAGUCAGCAUCACGACACCCGGGUGUCAAACUUGGAAUCCCAAGAGGGAGUGUUCAGCGUGGGGCCUUUGAGGCAGGGAGAGGGCGGCGAGUACGCCUGCUUCUACCACCUGACUAGUGGAGAGGACGUAGUCAAUUCGACUGUCAGCAACAAGAUUCAAAUCACGGUGAAAGGUGAUCUGCCUGUACCCACCCUGGUUCUCCAACGCCACACUCAAGUGUGGCAUAUGCUGUGCACGGGCUCCCCUUCGUACCCCGGUGCAGUGUUCACACUGUACCUGCCGGACAGUCGACUUCCCGUUGCCAGUCACCACGUACCGGUCACCAGCCAUGAGACCACCUUCCCGGUGCCAGUGCAGGACACGCUGUUGGCCUUGUACCAGUGCCAGUACAGCGUCCUCUUGGGAGGGAAAUGGACUAAUUCUGAACGCAGCCGCCCGCUGGCCAUUUCCAAAGGUCUUCCUCCUCCAUCAACACCAGAUGUGUCAGCUAUAGACUGGCCUCUUAUACUUGGCUCCUUUUCCGCUGUGGUGCUCUUCCUUUGCUCGCUUGGCCUACUGCUGGUGGUGGUGCACAAACGAGUCAAAGCAGCAGCUGACAAAAAGAAGAAAAGGAUGGAGGCAAAAUUUUGGACUCACGUUCACGCCAAGGACCAUGUUGUUGACCUAACACUCAGGUGUACCAGCGUUACUUCCCAGGAAUGGGCCAGCGGGGACAUGGGCGCAGACACCACCUCCAGAUCCCCAAUAUGGAACUCCCACUCCACAUUCACAAACCCCAUCCAUUAGAAAUGUCUCUCGUUCGAUCGCUCUCGCUCUCUCUCUUUAGUUCUUUUCUUUAUCUCUUUGUACAUUUCUACUUUAUGAUAGUGUGUCUGUGAAGCAUCAGUUGGCUUUAAACACAGCGGGACAGGAAAAGCAAUUUCCUUACUUCCUAUUUCAUGUGGAGAGACACGCUUGUAUAAUUAGACAGGAUGUGUUGUUUGUUUUAUUUACCUGCCACUGUGACUGAAUAAAAUCUGCCCCGUUUACCUGUGA